AGCAACUAGUUUUUCCGGUGACUUGGCGACGCAUUUUUAAUUAAAAAAACAACCAGACAAUAACGGGUUGUUGAUUCAACAACUACCAUUCAAAAGUGUUACCAUAGCAACUAUUUUUUCGGGUGACUGGGAAUUGGUUUUUGCUGUGCUCUGCUCGCGACGUCAUGUUUUCGCUGUGAUGAUCAUUCUCCACUCUGUGCGCACACGCUCUGGAUGAACAAGUGAUAUCUCUCGAUCAUUUCUACUGAAUUACUUUGAUCUGUUGCUUGUCACAGAGGCAAACGAAUCAUGUAUUCGCUGAAAUGUUUUGCUGUUUUGGCCAUCACUUAUGUCAUCACAGUGUUAGGAUCUCACAUCUGCCCGUCUGAACCCGCUGUCAAAUGUUCCUGCCCACCUCAGUGGCAAUUGUGGCGGAACGGGUGUUAUCGCCUGACUUCUUCCGAAAACAAUUGGGAAGGCGCCGAGACAGGUUGCAAAGACAUUGGAGGCACAAUGGCCGCUCCUCGCUCAGUCGAAGAAAUAAACUUCAUGGCGAAAAUGGCACGAAGUGAGUACAGUCUCUACGAGGCCUGGAUUGCUUGCAAUGACAAAGAAGAUGAAGGAACUUGGGAGUGUGAUGGUCAGAAAGGAGACGAGCCCUUCUUGGUAUGGGAUGCUGGGCAACCAGAUAAUUGGGGAGACAAUCAAGAUUGUGUUCUCAUAUCAGCACGUUAUAAUGACAGGAUGGAUGAUAAUUACUGUGGGUUUCAGUGUAGGGCUUUUUGUGUUCGUCAGGCAGAUUGCACUCAUCUCCCAACCCAACCCCGUCAAUACUGCCUCUCUACCGACACCCACGGCCGCAUUCUCAAUUCAACCUGCCUCCUCAACCAUACCAUCCGGGAGUUAAUCACCGAGGGCGUGGUCGCCUGUGGUUCAGCCUGCACCAAGGAGUCCGGAUGUCGCUCCUUCAACAUCAAGAAAACAAAAGAAGGGAAGAAAGUAUGCCAGCUGAACAAUAGCACAAGCUCCGAAGAUAAGGACAAGUUUCUGAAGACCGAUUACUUCUGUAUGUACUCGCAAAUGUGUUUCGUCUAACUAAAUACGUUCACAGUGGAUAGAAUUAAGAUUUUGUAAACAGUGUACUGUACAAACUCAACCUUUAAUUAAGUAAAAAGACAAUUUGCUUGGAUUACAAAACAAUUGGGACUGGACGCUAGUUUUUGAAGAAGAAAAAAAAUCAGCUACUUCGGCAAACCUUAUUGUUUUCAUCAUAUCAAAAACUGCUAAACCGUGGACAUCGUUAAAAUAGCUGAUUAAUGACUCCUAUACUUUGUUCGCUUAUCAUGACAGAAGAAAGAAGAGAUAUCCUUUCAACAAUAAAGGUACAUGUAAAUACUUUAUGUUCAUAAUGUUAGAAAAGAGUUGGAAACAAAUUGUAAUGUGCCAAAACAAAAAUAAUAAUUAAUUGAUGUUACCGUUGCAUUCAGAAUGCAACGGUAACAUUAUUUAUUAUUAUUUUUGUUUAGGCAGAGGGAGUAUUUUUAAAGUAUCAUUUAGAUUGAGUUUCCGUGGUAUCGAUAAACGUUUUAUUCGUGCGAUUUGCAGUUGCCAUAGUGAUACUUUAUCGCUACGGC